ACACACAUGCAUAUAUACUUGUACCUAUAGCCAUAUUAUAUUAAUAUUAUAACCAAUCACAAAACAAAAGACAAAAAAGAUCUACACAGGCAGGAGAGGAAGUGAUAAAAAUUUGGUGUUUUGUUGGGUUUAAAGUUGAAACCAUAAUCAUUGUCCAUUUCUAAACCUUUUAUUACUUUACUUGAAACACAGACAUGGUUUGGCUGUGUUCUGUUUUGUCUCCUUCCAAUUGGUGAUUUUUUGUCAAUUAUUGAUGUUGAAAGAAGCUUUUUUGCAUCUGGGCUUUUGUCAAUUGUUCAAGAAAGUGACUUUUUUUGGCAAAGACUCGAUUUUUAGCAUCCAAUCUCUGGCUUUCGCAUCUGGGUUUUAGGUAAAAAUGACUCUGGAGAAAAUUAUGAGCGACGGCGAAGGCUACGACGAUUUUCCGGCGGGCCUGCGUGUCCUCGCCGUUGACGACAAUCCAACUUGCUUGAAGUUGCUCGAGACUCUGCUUAGGAAAUGCCAGUAUCAUGUGACCACAACAAGUCAAGCUAGAAUGGCGUUGAAAAUGCUGAGGGAAAACAAAGAUAGAUUCGACUUGGUGAUCAGCGAUGUCCAUAUGCCGGACAUGGAUGGUUUUAAGCUUCUGGAACUUGUUGGUCUUGAAAUGGAUCUGCCUGUUAUCAUGUUAUCUGCAAAUGGCGAUCCCAAACUCGUGAUGAAAGGGAUCACGCAUGGAGCUUGUGAUUAUUUGGUCAAACCUGUUCGGAUUGAGGAGCUGAGGAACAUAUGGCAACACGUGAUCAGGAAAAAAAGGACUGAGCCAAAGAAUCAAAAUGGUUCUGCUGAUCAAGGAAAUGAUAAUCAAUCGAGUGGAGAAGGUAACGGGCCUCAAGCGGAUCGGAAUGGUAAAUGCAAUCGUAAGAGGAAAGACGAGGAAGAUUUCAGUGAAGAUAAUGAGAACGAAAAUGAAGACCCUGCAGCCUCGAAGAAGCCUCGGGUGGUCUGGUCUAUAGAGCUGCAUAGGAAGUUUGUUGCAGCAGUCAACCAGUUGGGAAUUGAAAAGGCUGUUCCUAAAAGGAUUCUUGACCUGAUGAACGUUGAAGGGCUUACUCGAGAAAAUGUGGCUAGCCAUCUUCAGAAGUAUAGGCUAUACCUGAAAAGAAUCAGUUCAGUUGCAUCCCAGCAAGCAAACAUGGUAGCUGCACUCGGGGUUAAGGAUUCCCAUUUCAUGCGUAUUGCUCCAUUCGAGGGCCUUGGGGAUUUUCGAACUUUUUCUGGACAAGGAAGGCUCGGAAGUGCUGCAUUAUCGCAUUACACAACUGGGGGCAUGUUUGGUCGACUAAAUACGCCAAAUGUAAACCUUCACAAUUUAUCUCCAUCCACGCUAAUCCAGCCCAAUCAUGGUCAAAGCUUAACCAACUCCAUCUCUGCCCUCGGAAAAGUGCACCCAGCCCUUGCAUCCACAAAUCAAAGUCAAAGUUUGUUUCAAGGAAUCCCAUCGUCGCUUGAACUGGAUCAGCUGCAGCAGAGUAAGUGCGGGACAGGGAUGUCAAGUUUCAACGCGAUGGAUAACUCAAGAUUGCGGAAUAAGUUCUCAGAUCCGGGAGCAGCAAUCAAUAGCUCAAGCAAUAUCUUUAACAGCUCUACGAAUAUGAUGCUACAGGGAAGCUACCAGCAAACAAUGAGCGGUGGAGGAUUUGGGGAUCAGUCUUCUCAAAACAUGGCUUCUUUGAACAUGGAUUCCUUCAAUGUUGGUGUCAACAGUUCCUCCAGUUUGUUGGAUUCUGCUACUAUUCAAUCGUCUACAACACAGCCGGCUUCUUUGCUUUCUACCGAGCCUUUUCACAGUCAACAACUGCCUAUGAGCACCACGGGGAAUAAUGGCUUCUCCAAUGAUCCUUAUUUACAGAAGAACGCGAUUGAUACUUCUUCUACCACCAUGUCCUUGCCUCUAGAAGAUUCUAGAGAAAUGCAUUACCAACAAGGUUUGGUUGGUGAUGUGCAGAACAUUAGUCAUAUCCCCAGCCAAAGGUGGGGAGAGCAGGGGCAGAGUUAUGGUCACGGUUCAACAGCCACUUUUGGUUCCUUGAACGCUCACGUUCCUGUCAGCGGCUUAAGCCAUAGUCUGGACCAGGAUAGUGGGAUCAUCAAUGAGAAGAUGGGAGUCUUCAUGAAUGGCAGAUUGGGUGGAGGUGCUUCGACUCUUAUGCUGCAAAAUGGGAAUGAAAAGCUGGCAUCAGAAUCGAGAGCAAUGGCCAAUGACAGUUUCCUCUUGGAGCAACAAAAGAUUCAAAGUGUAUUUGCUCCUCGUAGUUAUGAUCCAUUGGAUGCUAUGAUGAAUGCUAUGAUCAAACGGGAACAAGAUGAAACCAUAGCAAACUGUGAUUUCGGGUUCGAUGAUUAUUCUUUUGAAUCAGGGAUGUGAGGCUGCGAAACAUUCGAAAUCCUCGACCACGAGUCUGUCUAUAUGAUGAUGUAUUCUACCAAUUUCUUUCAGAACAUUUGUAGAAUGUUUGAGUUUUCUCGUGUUCAUUUUUUUUUAUCUGAUGCUUGCAGCUCAGAGUAGUGCUGUACUGAGUUAGGGAGACAAAUAAGGCAUUUCAAGAAUGAGUUAUCAUAAGUUUGUAGGCAUUAGACUCUCCAACCUAUUUCACCUUGAUUUCAGUAGAAAUGAUUUGAGUUUGAUAUAA